UAAACUAACUCACGCUACCGACCUGACUUAUGCCCUAUCCAGCAUAAAGACGGGGAGACUUGUAACUCCCGAAAAAUUAGAAAAGAAACCACGACAACAAAACCUAAGUAAAGAGCAAUUUAAUCAAAAGUUAAAGGAGGAGAAACUUAACCUUAAAAGUAUAAUAAAGGGACAAACGGGGCAGGAUAAAUUGAUAGAAAUUGAUAGGAAAUUGGAUAAAAAAUGUAGAGAAAGGGAGAAGUUGGAAGAAGAGUGGGAUAAUAAGGGAGAACUUCUUGAUGACCCUAAUCGUGGGGGAAGGGUAAGGCAUAUGCCUGGUUAUUCUUUCUCCUCUCUCCGCAAACUACAAGGUGGUAAUGACCUAGAGAUAAAGCUUGCUCUUGUAAAUGUUAUUGUUAGUAUUCCAUAUUAUUAUGGUCAUGUGUGGUAUAAGUAUGGUCAUGUGUGGAAGGAAGUAAAGGGAAUUAAAGAGGCUAUUAAGGAGGUUA